AUGCGGAACACUCCAUUCUGUUUCUUUCUCCUCAUCUGCGUUGCCGCGUGGCAUGCAGAUGCAUCGCAGCAGGCCCAACUCAGAGAGUUCAUCCUGUCCAGAAGGAGCAGCAACAACGGCAUAUUUUUUCCCUGGGUAGGAACUUCUGCUACCAAUAGCCUCCGAGCAGAGUCGUUCUCUGUCACUGACCAGACCAGUCUGAAGGACGUUGACAAGAUCGCAGCGCUACCAGGGCAGCCCAACGGUGUCAGCUUCAGUCAGUACAGCGGAUACGUGACCGUCGACGAGAAGAACGGCCGUGCGCUCUUCUACUACCUCGUCGAGGCAGCGACCGACCCAGCGGCAAAGCCACUAGUCCUGUGGCUUAAUGGAGGCCCUGGGUGUUCAUCAUUUGGCUAUGGGGCUAUGAUAGAGCUUGGCCCGUUCCGCGUCAACAGCGACAACAAAACUCUAAGCCCAAACAAGCACGCCUGGAACAACGUGGCUAAUGUGAUCUUCCUGGACUCGCCUGCUGGCGUCGGGUUCUCCUACUCCAAUACGACUUCCGACUAUGACAAGAGCGGAGACCAGAAGACCGCAGACGACGCGUUUCUCUUCCUCCUCAACUGGCUCGAGAGGUUCCCUGAGUAUAAAGGCCGCCCCUUCUACAUCUCCGGGGAGAGCUACGCCGGACACUACGUGCCGCAGCUCGCAGCCACAGUCUUGAGUAACAACCUGAACAAUGCUACCAGAACUUCCUUAAACCUACAGGGUAUCCUGGUUGGCAAUCCAUAUCUUGACGAUAACAUGAACUCAAAAGGGGUGAUCGACUUCUUGUGGAGCCAUGCGGUGAUAUCAGACGAGGUAUUCGCUAACAUCACCAGGAGCUGCAAUUUUAAUCUGUCCGAUGGUAAGGCAUGCUCUGAUGCCAUGGCCGCGUAUGAUUCCGCUAACGCUGACCCGUUCGACAUUUACGGGCCAGUUUGCAUUGACGCACCAGAUGGAACAUACUACCCCAGCCGAUAUAUACCUGGGUAUGAUCCAUGCAGCGGCUAUUAUGUAGACGCUUACCUCAAUGAUCCUGAGGUUCAGAAUGCUUUGCAUGCUAGAACAAUAAAGUGGGCAGGCUGCACGGACUUGCACUGGAAAGAUUCAGUGGCGUCCAUGGUGCCAACGCUCAAAUUUCUUAUGGCAAAUGGGCUGCCUGUGUGGCUGUUCAGCGGCGAUUUCGACUCCGUGUGCCCGUUUCCCGCCACGAGGUACACCAUCAAUGACCUUGGCAUUACCGUCACAGAGCCAUGGCGGCCAUGGACUGCAAACAACGAGGUUGGAGGGUAUGUUCAGGCAUACACGGAAGGUUUAGUUUUUGCAUCCGUGAGGGGAGCUGGUCACCAGGUCCCGUACUUCAAGCCUGAGAAAGCACUGAUAUUGGUCAGCUCAUUCCUGAAAGGAAUGCUACCACUCUAA